AUGACAUCCCGCGGAGCCCAGAUCUCGGCAGUGGCCCAUGCGGAGAAGGCAAAGCAGGUUUGGCAAGCCUGUGAUGGAAUCUUCGACAAGCUCCUUGAAAUGGCGCCAACACAGGCCAAGGUCGAGGGGAUCGCCAUGGUCUACCACUACGAUGGUCAGUCUAACUGGCACAACCUCUUCCACGACAACCGAGAUAGACUCAGGGCGCUGUCGGUGCCAGAACUCGGGAACGCAAACUUUGGGAACCUCCUACGCUUGGCCAAGAUGACCAACGAUGAAACCCUUGGAUGCAGAAUGGAGGGUUUGCUGGCCUACCUGGCAUUGAGCAACAACCAUGAGUGCCACACCGCUGAAGUGAGUGAUUGGCUGGACAAUUGUUUGCAACUGGCCCGCCUGUUCAAUAAGUGGGCCCUUUUUGUUCCUUUGACUGAGAAAGUCUAUGACUUUGAGGAUAUCGAAGCAAUUUCAGCUCGAUACUCUUAUAGGGUAGGGCUGCCGGGGCUGCCGGCACUGCCCGCACCUUAA